AUGAAGCAUUUAGCAGCAUACCUCCUCCUCGGCUUGGCCGGCAACACCUCUCCUUCCGGCGAUGAUAUCAAGGAGGUUCUCAGCUCUGUUGGUAUUGAGGCCGAGGAUGACCGUCUUGCGCUUCUGUUGAAGGAGUUGGAGGGCAAGGACAUCAACGAGCUCAUCAAGGAAGGUACCGAGAAGCUCGCCUCCGUCCCAUCUGGUGGUGCUGGUGGCGCUCCCGCCGCUGCCGCUGCCCCUGCUGCUGGUGGUGCCGCUGCUCCUGCUGAGUCUGCUGCUCCUGCUGAGGAGAAGAAGGAGGACAAGGAGGAGUCUGAUGAGGACAUGGGCUUCGGUCUCUUCGACUAA